AUGAGUUUAAGCAUGUCAAGAAAGAGGAAAAUCUGUCUACUUAGGAUUCAUUAAUAAUGUGAUUAAAUAAUAAAUGAUGUUAUUAAAUAAUUAUCAAUGAUUAAAAAGUUAUUUUAUACAUUUUCAACUAUUUCUAAUCCUUACAAAGUUUUGGGUAUAAACAAGGGGGCUUCACCAUAAGAAAUAAAAUAAGCAUAUUACAAAUUAGCUUAGCUUUACCAUCCAGAUAAAAACGCUGCUAAGGAUGCUGCUAAAAUGUUCACUCAAGUUAAUAAUGCCUAUGAGAUUCUGUCAGAUGAAAGCAAAAGAAGGAUGUAUGACACAUGUGGGGUUUAAGAGGAUAAUAGUGAUGAAUAAGAUUUUGAGGAUGAAUUGAGAGGCAAUGCAAAUAGUUAUCAAUAAAAAGCAAGGAGAAAAUAAUCAAAGGGCAAAUAUUACUCAAAAUUUCAUUAAGCAGAAUAUGAGACGAUAUUUAGCGAGUUUGAUCAAUUUUUUUAGUAAAAGCAUGGUAAAAAGAAAGCCUACUAUGCUAAGAAAAAGGGAGAUGAUAUAAAGUUGGAUUUGAAUUUGAGCUUCAAAGAUUCAGUGUUUGGUGGAAAGCAUAAAUUGUCGUAUAAUAGAUAGAAGACUUGUGAUACUUGCAAGGGGAGUAGAUGUGCUCCAGGGAAGACAGCACAAAAGUGUUUUUCUUGUGGUGGAUCAGGAUGGUUGUUUUAUGUAGAUGGAGGGAGUUCGAUGGAAGUAAAGUGCAACAAUUGUGAUGGAUGGGGAAAGGUAGUUAGAGAUCCUUGUCACACAUGCGAGGGGAGUGGAAUAGUUGAAAAAGAAUUUGAUAUUGAAAUAGAAUUACCAAAGGGAAUUCAAAAUGGGACGAUAAUUAGAUAGUCAAGAUAUGGUCACGCAAGUUAAUACUAGGGAGAACCAGGGGAUUUGUUGAUAGAAGUAGAAGUGGAAGAGGAUAAUACUUUGAGGAGAGAUGGAAAUAACAUCAUAAGUGAAUUAGAGUUGAGUGUGAGUGAGAUGGUGUUGGGAUGUAAGAAACAGAUUCAAACUAUUUGGGGUGCAUUAGAGAUUUCGAUUCCAGGAGCUCAAUAGCCUAGGACUAAGUUGUAAAUACCGCAGUAUGGAAUUCAAUAUGGGUAAUCCCAAUGGAAGAAGGGAGAUCAUAUUGUGAUUCUGAACUUGGAGAUUCCGUAGCAAGUGAAUGAGAGAACAAAACAAUUAUAUUAUGAACUUUUAAAGCAAUUAUGA